UUCUUUGAUCAAGUAGGUCAUGCCUCCUCUGCUCUUCAAAAGCCACUUCUACAGCCGAGGAGUUGAACUGCUUUGUCUUCAUUUAAAGAAACAGAAUGACUACAACUACCCGGACUCGUUCAUAUGAAAAUAUAACUCUGCCUAGCAUUUACAUCUUUGUGUUCAUCCUCGGUCUGGGAGCUAAUGGAUGGGUACUGAAGUCGCUGCUGCAGAAAUGGAAGAAAGUUGGACACAUUAAUGUGUUUCUUUUGAACCUCGGACUUGCCAAUUUUUUGUUCCUGCCAACACUCCCAUUUUUGUCAGCGUACUACUUUAUGAGGAGUAAAUGGAUCUUUGGAGAUGCCUUCUGCAAGAUCACAAGAUUCUGCUUCAACCUGAAUUUAUAUGGCAGCAUUGGGUUCCUCACCUGUAUAAGUGUGUACAGGUACCUGGCUAUUGUCCAUCCAAUGAGGGUGAUGGGAAGAAUAACUGUCACUCACUCUGUGGUCAUCUCAGUCAUGGUUUGGUUGCUGGUGAGCGUUCAAAGUCUCCCAGACAUGUUCUUCACCAAAAAAUUUAAAAAUGAAACUGGAAAAUGCUACCAUACCACCUCUAGUGAGUAUAUUGAGGAUUACCUGAAAUACAGUGUUGGCUGGACACUCACUGGGUUUGUUAUCCCAUUCUGCAUCUUACUUGGCUGCUAUGGACACGUGACUCUUGUCCUCUGUCGCAUAAACACCAUUGACAAGGUGGUGAAAGAACGAAGCUUAAAGUUGUUGUUCAUCUUGAUUCUUCUCUUCUCAGUUUGUUACAUCCCCUAUCAUAUUUUCAAGAACCUCAGCCUUUAUUCAAGAGUUCUGAAAAAAAAUAACGGGACACAUCCAAAAUGGGAUGAAGGAGUCUUCAGUGCUCAUCAGAUAAGUCGUGGUCUUGUGUGUCUGAAUACUGUGUUGAAUCCCCUGGUUUACCUCCAUGUAAUGAACAUUCCUGCUCAGCUCAGACAGCUGCUCCGGCGGUCUUGUCCAAUGUUUGCAUAUAGAUCUGGCAGCAUAGAGUAACAGUUAUUGUACCUCUGUGUCUAUAACAUCUUUAAAAGUGGUUUCUCAGUCUGUUAACCACUUGAUUCUUUUCAUGGAUAAUACUUUUGUAUAAGCAGUUCAAAAUAAA